AAAAAAUAAUGAAAAUUCCCCUUCCCAGUCCCUACCUUUUCCACACUCUCUUCCUCAAAAGUUGCCCCCUUCCCUCCCUCUCUCUAGAUUUCCUUUCUGGGUUUCUUUGGGAUUUCAAAUUUGUGGGUUUGUAUGGAUUUGGAAGAUUGAAGAAGGUUUGAGAGGAAACAGAAUCAAUGGGUCGCUUGCUACUUCUUCUCCUAUUAGCAGUUUCUGCUUCUGCUUCUGAAGAUGCUUUCAUUGGCGUGAACAUAGGCACGGACCUAUCUGACAUGCCAAGCCCAACAGAGGUGGUUGCUCUCCUCAAGGCUCAGAAUAUAAAGCACAUAAGGCUUUAUGAUACCGACAAAGCCAUGCUACUUGCACUUGCCAAAACUGGAAUCAGUGUAACCGUUUCUGUUCCCAAUGACCAGCUACUAGGCAUCGGCCAAUCAAAUGCCACCGCUGCCAACUGGGUAACUCGUAAUAUCCUAGCACAUGUCCCCGCCACCAACAUCACAGCCAUUGCUGUCGGAUCUGAAGUUCUCACUACUCUCUCAAAUGCCGCUCCUAUCCUAGUUUCUGCCAUGAAAUUCAUCCAAUCCGCCCUCGUCGCUUCCAAUCUUGACUCCCAAAUCAUAGUCUCCACCCCACACUCUUCUUCCAUUAUCCUUGACUCCUUCCCGCCUUCCCAAGCCUUUUUUAACCGCUCGUGGGACCCAAUCAUGGUUCCCUUGCUCAAGUUUUUGCAGUCGACAGGGUCCUACCUCAUGCUAAAUGUGUACCCCUAUUACGAUUACGUGCAAUCGAAUGGCGUGAUACCCUUGGACUAUGCACUUUUUCGCCCUCUCCCUCCAAACAAGGAAGCAGUGGAUUCUAAUACCCUCCUUCAUUAUACUAAUGUCUUUGACGCAAUUGUUGACGCGGCUUAUUUCGCAAUGUCCUAUCUUAACUUCACCAAUAUUCCCAUUGUAGUCACCGAGUCAGGGUGGCCUUCCAAGGGUGACUCAUCUGAGCCAGAUGCCACUCUUGACAACGCCAACACUUACAAUAGCAACCUAAUUCGGCAUGUGCUAAACAACACUGGGACCCCCAAACAUCCCGGGAUAGCAGUUAGUACUUACAUCUAUGAGCUUUACAAUGAAGAUUUGCGACCUGGGUCUGUUUCGGAGCAGAAUUGGGGUCUUUUUCAUGCCAGUGGUGUGCCGGUUUAUAUCCUACACUUGACGGGCUCUGGUACGGUGCUGGCAAAUGACACUACGAACCAAACUUAUUGUGUGGCGAGGGAUUCUGCGGACCCAAAGAUGCUGCAAGCGGCGUUAGAUUGGGCUUGUGGGCCGGGAAAAGUGAAUUGCUCCCCCUUGUUGCAGGGGCAACCGUGUUAUCUUCCGGAUAGCGUGAUUGCGCAUGCUACAUAUGCUUUUGAUACAUAUUAUCACCAGAUGGCUAUGGCUGAUGGGACUUGUAACUUCAAUGGUGUUGCUGCAAUAACUACCAGUGAUCCAAGUCAUGGUUCCUGUAGAUUUCCUGGAAGUGCUGGGAGUAAUAGCACCUUUGUAAAUGGUACAGCACUCGCUCCAUCUUCAAACUCAACUGUAUCAGGGUGCCGUUCGCAACAUUUCUACGACGCUUUUUCUAGAUCAAUGGUUUUUGGUGUCUUAUUGUUGAGUGCAGUUUUCUUGUAAAAUAGUCCAUUGAAUUGAUGUGCGAAAUUUUAACUGCAUCGGUGCCCUUUGAAACGUCUUGUUCCACUUCACCUUUGGGAUAACUUCCACCAUGCCCAAUUUUGUUCCUCCAAGAGAGGAGGUAGGGGUCGCAAAUUUGAGCGAAAUCGAUCAUUGGUAUAGUAGUGUUGUUAGGCUAGACAUUUCUUGAGGAGGUUGAUUUUCUUGAAAACUGGAUUUCAAUGAGUCCAUAGCAGAAUCUUCAAUUAUUUCAAGUGGGUGGAUUUUCACA